AUGUCUCCCUCCGAGUCACCUCCGGACCCAAGUUCAAGGGCGCAGGUCGAUUCUCAGAACCUGGAUUCGGGUUCGAGUGGGACCAACGCAGAAGAAUCUUUAAUUGCUAUUCCCCAGUUUCAGCGCGUGGAACCCGACAGCAACGAGCCUCUCUCGGGAUACUAUUACAAGGUUGAACUUGGAGAGUUGAAUAAAGCCAAUUUCAGAACGGCAAGCGAUAACGUGACAGAAGUAUCAACCUGUCUUGAUUGCGAGUUGUGGACCAAGCCGUACUCCGAUAUCAUCCAACGCCUCACCGGUAUUCAACUCAUCACCAAAUCUCGCGACCAGGGAUGGGUCAGCGAGCCAUGGCAGGGCAAUUGGACGUGGUUCGAGGUUUGUCUCGUCGAUGAGGAGAAAAACGAAGAACGCCGUUGGAUGAGUCAUGAGAAUGCGUUCUUGACCAAUUCCACACUCUGGCGCGAUGGAACGACGUUUGGUCCCCAACAUGAGUUGCUGCGGUUACUCAAGGAAUCGCCCCUUCAGCACAAAAGAUUACGGGUUCAAGCAGGGAGGUGUUUUGAUGGGUGGGCAAUUCCCGCAUGUCAGGGGUUCUUGAUUUUCAACAUUGGUUGCGAAACGGCGUUCAACCGGGAGUCAGCUCUGAGAGAUCUGGGACAGGCCACAUACCGUCCCAUAACGGUUGCUGGGCGCGCCAUCAGGAUUACCAACGACAGUAUCCUCCAGCGAGGGCCCGCCGUGAAGGUCACAUACAAACAGGUUGCCCAAAGGGAACAAGUUUCCGCUCCAUAUAUCCCCCGGAACACGCUACAGGCGGUGUCAGAGACGCCAACCCAAGUUCUCAUUUACCAUGUCACUAGCUCGGUCGAGCUAUUGAACAUCGUGGGGACGGACUUCAACCGUGUGCUGGUGGUGAUUGAUGCACCUCACUUGCUUGAGGACUACGGGGAUGACGGUUACUUUUCGUGGGAUAAAGCCGUCGAGGAGCUCUCAAAAGUGGCGAAGCAGGAGACCUUUAAAAUCUUCCGCAAGUUCCAUGUUGUCAUCCGGUUGGGCAACGAGGGCGCGAUUUACCGAUCCCCAGCUUCCCACCCCUCCGGCAAUCGACAAAUUCUGAUUUUUGACGCUCAUAACUCCCAAGGUCAUUUCCUCCGGCGCGGUCUCCGCCAAACACCCAACAAGGCCGUUCUUGAGGGCAAAUUCCGAGAUGCCUACCUAGCGGGCCUGGCUGCGUCGCUGUCGGCGGAAUCUACCACAUCCCUGGAAGAACUCUGUGGAAUUCAGGUCAGAGAGGCUGUCAUGGUUGCCAUUCGCUGGUCUCAGCGGUAUGCAGUCCAGGCGGCCACCGCGACUGGAACCUCACCCGCACUCCCGGCUAGAUGGCAAAGCCUAGAACACGACGUUGCUGGUGACUCUGUCCUCAUCCCUGUUGACCUGCCCGGAGAUGUGGCUGCCGGUAACGACUCUCUGGUCUUUGAGGCCCUGCCUUAUCGCCCCAUCAAACACGCCGCACGGGAUAUUGUGAGGAAAGGCCGGGAGGCGGUCCUGUCUCUAGUGCCAACAGCUCGCUUCAAGGCUCUCGCGACAGCCGACCGGUUUGAAAUCGAAGGAUUCCGCAAGAUUGCCCGUGAUAUACAGGGUUAUGUCAACGGCGAGACGACGAGACCGGCGCCGCUCUCCAUUGCCGUGUUUGGCCAGCCCGGCUCAGGCAAGUCCUUCGGCAUCGAGCAGGUCAUCUUGUCGGUCAUGGAAGAGUCUGGGAAAAUGGGAGAGGUGGAAAUGCUCAAAUUCGAUCUCUCACAAUUCCAACGAUCCGCGGACUUCCAAGUCGCCUUCGAGACCAUCCGUGACUGCUCGAUCCGGGGCAAGCGGCCCGUUGUGUUUUUUGACGAGUUUGACAGCACCUUCAACCACCAGCCUCUCUACUGGGUCCAACAUCUCCUCGAGCCCAUCGAGAAGGGAACCUGGAAGAACAAAGCUAAGGUCGAAUGCCGACUGGACAAUGGCAUCUACGUCUUCAUCGGGGGUACGGCCAAAACGAUGAAGGAAUUCAAGUCCCCAGAUGAGCCUGCUGCCCCUUCGAGCACUGCACCGUUAGCUAGGGAGGCCACGAGAGAAGAAGGAAUAAACGAGGACCAAACGGCCCCCGAGGCACACUCAGAACCCUCGGAGGACCCGGAUUCCUCAGAUUCACCGGAGGACACGGGGUCAGAAGGUGUGCCUAAAGACUGCAAAGCACUGGAAAGCUUUCUCUACAACAAACUACGGCGGCCAAGGGACGCUGACGGCAACCCGGCGAGGGACGACCCCGAUGACAGGAGUUUUUACUUCAAGAUGUCCUCCGACAAGACAUACACCGAGCUUACCGAUUUCUUCUACAAAAUUCGGGAGCGGACGUUCUCCGGCAAACCCCCAGUCGUUUUUUUGGAGGGCUUUGACACGGACCUGAGUACCUCGAGUCACGGCGACGACAAUACCCAGCCAGCCGGAUGGUUCGAUUGGCUCAAAUCUUUCUUUUACAGUGACGACAAGACACGGCGGACCGAACGGUUAGGUUGGCUCAAAUAUUUCUUAGCUCCCAUGCAAGACGGUGCUUUCAUGGACGGAGGGCAUUCUAGACCUCUCGGCCGCGCUAUCUUCGUCUUCAUCGGUGGAGAAUCCGGCGAGAUCCAGGCGUUUCUUGACCGUCUAGACAGCCAAGAGAACGGCCAACACCAAGAUGCCGCAGCAGCAGUCUUCCGCAAGGCGAAAGGCCCGGAUUUCAUGAGUCGGCUACAGGGUUAUGUCACGGAAAACACGGAACACAAUGACUACGACUGCCUCAAGACGGUGAUUCAGAGGUACCAGGAUGGCGGCAAGGCAAAACCUCUCUCCUUGGGCUUCUUCCGAAAGCGCACGCGCCCUGUUCCCACCCCGAGUACCGAGGAGGGCCAGGAUUCGGAGCAACCCCAGGACAAGGAGAGGCAGCGGGAUAUACGAAGCCGGUUUGAGGGCGCUAUCAAGGGCCGGUUCGUUAAUAUCUUGGGGCCUGACCAGGUGGUGGGCCAAGAGGACAAGAUGUAUGUGUUGCGCCGUGCGAUCUUGCUCCGGUCGAUGAUAGACCGGUUGCCGAAGAAGCUCAACAUCCGCCCCAGCGACGAAGUCCUGAACGCUCUUUUGGAUAUACCCCGCUUCCACCACGGCGCUCGUUCGCUAGAGGCGAUCCUCUCCAUGAGCAGGCUCGUCGUCCGCACGGACGGCCCACCCCGCCAGGAGCCCGAGCCUCCCUUGACGGACGCGGAGAAAAUGCAGCUGAAAUUGCACGUCAACUGGAAGGAACUUGGAGCGCUGUUGGAGAGGGGUCCUGUGCCCAAAGAGGUUGCUCAAGACAGCGAGCACUGGCGCGCCGCCGAGAUGAUGUGGCACCGGAUGAGGUUCAGCGGCCCGGUAAAACCAUAG